AUGUAUUCCGCAGGUAUGCCCGGUAGUAUGCUGGGUAACACGAUGGGAACGCCCCUCCAGCUCGGCCAGACCCCGCAGGUGGCCGUCGCCCCCGGCCUUUCCAACUCCGCCGCCCCACACGCUCCGCUUCUCAAUUUGCAGGCAUCGCAGGGUGUUUCUGCACAGGCGGCGCCUGUGCAGCAGCCACAACAGCCGCAACCCGGCGCAAAGGGCAACACGCAUGCGCUCGACGACCCAAACGUCUACCACUGGAUUUGCCAGCUCACGUACGGCCCAAACAAGGAGCAAGCGCUACUGGAACUGGGCCGCAAGCGCGAGCAGUACGAGGACCUCGCGGUCGUGCUGUGGUCGUCGUUCGGCGUGGUCGCCGCCUUGCUUAACGAGAUCACCUCUGUGUACCCAAUGCUGUCGCCACCCACCCUUUCCAACCAGCUCAGCAACCGUGUGUGCAAUGCGCUCGUUCUGCUGCAAUGUGUCGCGUCGCACCCGGAAACCAAGACCCUGUUCUUGCAAGCUCAUAUACCUCUCCUGUUGUUCCCGUUCCUCAACACCACGUCGCGCCAGCGCACUUUCGAGUACCUGAGGCUCACGUCCCUGGGUGUUAUCGGCGCGCUGGUCAAAAAUGACUCUGCAGAGGUGAUCGCCUUCUUGCUGAGAACAGACAUCAUCCCGCUCUGUCUGCGCAUCAUGGAAUCCUCCUCCGAGCUCUCCAAGACCGUAGCCAUCUUCAUCCUCCAGAAAAUCCUGCUAGACGACGCUGGUCUUCAGUACAUUUGCGCCACGCCCGAACGAUUCCAUGCGGUUUCCCAAGUCCUCACAAACAUGGUCGACCAACUCACAUUACAACAGACCCCCGGCAGGCUUCUCAAGCACGUUGUUAGAUGUUAUCUGCGUCUCAGCGACAACCUCGAGGCUCGCAGACUGCUAAAACAAGUUCUCCCCCGCCAGCUGAAAGACAACACUUUUGGCGAGGUCCUCAGAGACGAUCUCGGCACCAAGCGUUGCCUUGCACAAUUGUUGUUGACUCUCAACGAGGACUGA